UCCCACGCAUACGCCACGCACAACACAACACAAUUCUCAGCUUCUUCAGCGUUCUUUUUUUUUUCUCUCUCUCUCUCUUCCUUACGCACCCAAGAGAGAGAAGGAGAAAGAGAAUCGAUCGACGCUGCUAGAGAAGUAGAAGAAGAUGGCGGGUGGUGCUCCCAAACAAUUGUUCGGAUUCGGAGUUGUGGCGUUGCUUGCCACUCUCAUUCUUCCUCUCUUUAUGCCCGCCGCUGUUCAGGCUCAAUCCGCAGCCCCUGCACCUGCCCCUACUAGCGACGGGUCCUCCCUUGAUCAAGGGAUAGCUUAUGUGUUGAUGUUGCUGGCUCUGGUACUCACAUACAUCAUCCACUCGGCCUAAAUUUCCUCCACCUUCUGAACUUAUAGAGCAGAAAAGGGUUAUGGGUGUUUGAAGGGGGUGUUGUGUUUGUUAUGAUUAACAAGUUUCGUACAUUGUGUAGCAAGCAGUGGGAAAUGUAAUAUUGCUAAUACUUAUGUUAGAAGAGUAGGUGUUAUGUUUAUUUUCCCAGUUAAUAAAGCGGUCUGUGCCAUUUAGUGGCUAGUGGUUGUGGUCAGUACCUGGUUACAGAGAUUGCCAAUGCAUUUCUUUUAAUAAUAAUUAUCUUGCUUUUGGCAUAA